GAGACACCUGCAGCAGCUACAUGGCCAUGAACGUUGGGUGCUCCACCUGUGUGGACCUGUACAAGUUUGCUGAUGUCUUCUCCGUUGAUAGUGUCCGAAAAGCUUGUCUGCGGGGGAUCGCCAGACACUUUACUAUGGUUACCUCCAGCGAGGAGUUGUGCAGCCUCAGUGUGAAUCAGCUGACUGAGAUCAUCAGCCACGAUGAGCUGGAUGUUAAAGAGGAGACAACAGUGUGGGAGGCUAUGGUGAGAUGGGUGCAGCACAGCAGGGAGGACAGACGGCAUCUCCUACCCAGCAUCCUCCCUCACAUCCGCUUCAACCUGCUGACCUCAGAUGACAUGGCAGCCAUCUUGGAUCACCCCCUGGUCAGGGAGCAUCUUGGGAGUUCCAAGGUCAUCAGGAAUGUGGUACAGAAAGGGAACCCCAAGCUGAAACCGAGGCUUGGAAUGACUACAGAAAUGGCUAUUCUGUACUGUGGAUCAAAAGAGCUCCUUUUCAUGAACCCUCAGGACGGGAAGUACAUCAGCCUGAGGUACAGUCGUGAAGACAUGCCUGAGUUCUCUGCCAUGACAGUCACCAGUGAUGACGACAUUUACAUCCUGGAAACUACGGUAUUAGAAAAUGAGAAUCAGGUGUCCCUGUUCAAGUACAACCAUGCGAAGAAUGUGUGGGAGCAAGCAGGUGUCUCCUCAAUACCUCAGGGACCGGUUCAUGCUUUUUCUCACUGCCAGGAACUGCUUUUGGAAGUUGAUAUGAACUUGUACUACCUUGCUGUUGAUCGUGAAAUAGACAGGCCAUUGCUGCAGAUGAGAAAGUACAACCAUGACACAAAUCAAUGGCAAGAGUGUUCAUCACUACAAUUCAACGAAAAUUUAUGCUACAGUGCAACAUUGUCCUGCGGUUCACACCUCUACUUCCUCACAGAUUCAGACGUGUAUUGCUAUGUUUCGAGCCAGGACCGUUGGAGCGAGCGGACCCCACCGUACAUUGAGGUCUGUACAGCCGUUGCAAUGGGAACAGAGAUUUUCUGCAUAGAUGAUGAAUUCACUUACACUAUGGUGUACGACACAGAGUCAGACAGCUGGCAGGAACUACAAGGCUGGCCAAACCCUAAUCCAGAAAGUCUUCAUAUUGAUAGUCUGCCAAUUCUUUUCGUAGUAGAGAACCAGCUGCAUAUAUUGUUAAUCUGUGAUAGUGACUCCCAGGAAGGAUACAUACAUCUGGUGUAUGUUUAUGACAGGUCUACUGAUGCCUGGAGAGAGUUGAAUGCAAAUAUGCCUAAUAGGGAGUAUUUUGCACCUGGUUCUUUUUCACCUGUGGCACGUAUGUACCUACCAUAUCUGAAGGGGACAUGAACAUACAUCACUUCUGACGCGCACACUUUUCAGCGCGCGCUGUAGUAAAAGGGUCAAUAGAGUACUGUCCCCUGACAUUUAUUUAGAUCUCAGGUUUGAAUGCUGUCACAAUAUAAGAGACCGUAUGGUACAUUUUAUACUUUUAAGCAGCAUUUGGACAAUUGCCAAAAAUCAUUGCUUUUUUUUCUUAUACAUUUUUAUAGAACUGACCUAAGUGAUGUAAUUUGUCUUUGCGUCAAGCAACGGUAAUUAGCAGAAUUUAUAUCUAUUGUAAAAAUUCUACUUGUAUUUUGUUAUUAGAUUGGAUGUAUUUCCUAUAGCGUGCUUAAUCUUUUAUCUGUUGGUCUCCACAUAUAUUAGUCUAACAACGGUCAUUAACAUUAUAUCUAUUGUAAAACUUUUACAAUUAGAGUCCAUUCCGAGUCACCGAGAGGGUUUUGAAAUAAUAUUUGUAUUAAGUUUGAACCUUCCUAAGUAAAAGGAUAUUUCAGUCACUAAAGUUCUAAAUUGUGCAAACAAUUGAAAAUGAAAGUUUGAACAUGUUUGAACCUAUAUGGAUAUGUUGGAAACAUUGGGAAAGUAAUGGUACAAAUAUCUCUUUAUUUAGAACAAUUUAGAAACAUCUAUGUGUUUUUGUUAUUGUUGGAACAUGUGAUUACAUGUUCCAACAAUUUCUGUCAUUUGUUCCCUCCAUGAAAACUUUUAUUACCCCAAUUAACCAAGCUGCUAAGCUGGGCCUUUUGUUUGGGUCUUGUAUUUUUAUAUUUUCUUUAGUAGACAAUGGUGACUCCUUUGUGAGAAGCUGUCAGACAGACACAAUUUCCUGUACUUGGCAAGGAAGUGUAAAUUGCCCUCUUCCUAUCCCACUGACCCAGUUUCAUCAUAUUGUUUCAAUGUUUGAACAUGUGAUCACAUGUGAUCACAAAUGGUGAAUCUAUGUUGAAACAGUUUAGAAACUAUCAGAAGUAAUGACUUUGAUAUGUUAAAAAUGUUUCUAACAUGCUUGAAUACUGUAGAAGAUAUUUAAAACAUCACAAUGAUCACUUCUAAACAGUUACUUAUCACAAUUAAAAUGUUACAAAGAUUUCCAAAAUGUUGGAACAAAAGGCAAGAAACACCCUCUUGGUAAUGUGGAAUCGACUCUAUUGUACUUGUAUUAUAUUAUUGGAGUUCAAAUGUAAGCUAGAAUGUGCUUAGUUUUGUAUUUGCCGAUCUCUUUAUAUGUCAGUCUGACUGUUGUUUAAAGAAGCUACUUACAAUGUUAUGCAUAUUUGUUCACAUUGAACCAUUUUUGUUACCAUAGACAAUGUAUAUCUUUUCGCAUCAUUUUUGUACAAUAAAUAUUAAC